AUGGCCGCGGAAGCUGAGACCAGAGUGCCAGAGCUCAUGGCCAUCAUAGUGACCUUUUUUACCAUUUCAUUCAUAUCUUGUGCAUUGCGGUUCUACGUUCGACUCUUCAUGAUCAAGGCGUUCAAAGGAGAUGACUGGUUAAUGCUCGUCGCUAUGUUGUUUUACACUAUGUAUACUUCUUUCUCCAUUUACGGCCUUACACAAGGGAGUGGUCGACAUAUGGACGAUCUCAGUCUGGAGCAGAUCCACCAAACCAUGAUGUGCUGGUGGCUUGGUUACAUUUGGUACAGUCUCACUAUGAUGGCUUCCAUGGGCUGCGUUGCGAGCGCCGCCGUCGUAGCUCGAUUCCCAUACCUUGCUGGCUUCAAGGAACCUGACUGGCUCUGGCACACCAUAGACGUUGCAAUAUGGUCAAUAAUUGAGCAAGGGUUAGCAAUAACUGCUACCAGCUUGGCAACGCUACGACCUUUGUUCAAACUCGCAGGGUAUCAUUUGGGUCUUGCCAGUCAACCCACAGCAUACAGCACAUCUGGACAUAAACGCAGUAUCGGAUCUGGAAACCACGGCGGCCUUGCUGGGCGCUUUCCAGGGCGUGAAGCUUUCUCGCUCCCAUCUAUCAGUCGCCCAGAAGCUGCAGACAGAAGAAAGAUGGGCUUAAACUCGAGGUUCUUACACGAUAGCGAAGCUGGCAUCAGAAGAGAGAUUAAAUGGGAGGUCAAUUUAUCAACUCACUUUAGGAGUGAAAGUGAGGCAGAGCUACGUUCGCCCGAUGCUUGGAGUAACAGGCAUGAAAACCGGAGGGUUUAG